CGUUGAACCAAUCAGGAUGCAGUAUUCGAAAUUUGAUUUGAAACCAUGUUCGUGUUUUGGUAAAUAAAAUUUAAAAAUUUACCAUUUUUAAAACGAUUUUAAAAGAAACUAGGGAACGAUAUUGUGCUAAAUGUCUACCAUAAGUGAAGAAUCCUCUGUGCCUGAGCUACCAGCAGAGUCUGCCGGCAGUUCGGUGUCAACUUCGUUGCAAAAGGAGUACGAAGAUUUACUUCGCUAUGCCGUGGUCACCCCUAAAGUCAUAGUUCCACAGAUGCAAAAACCAAGAAAUAAACUACGUGAAUAUACCACAUCCACUGAAACAAGUGGUGAAUCUUAUGAACAAGAUAGUAGGGAUAUGCAACAAGAGGUUACAGGUUUGCCAAGUACGCCAAAAAUGCCUGAUACAGCUCCAUAUAAAAGUCGUGGGAUGAUGAUACAAGGAAAAGGAUCUGAUCAGAGAUCAGAUGGUUUGUAAUAUAUCAGUUGAUGCAUUGUAUUGUAGAUUUCUUAUACUAUAAAUAGAGUUGCACUAGAUUGCCAGGGUUUUUCUUAACAUGUGAGAUAAUUAGGGCUUCAACAUGUAAGAUAACAUGGGCUGUGGCAAUCAAUGUUUAAUUAUUUAUAUAUACAUCAGAAUAAAAUAAUAAAGUAGAGCUCAUCAGGGUACAUUGCCACUUAAAGGGUUAACAGGAUGCAUGGGCAGAUUUCCAAAGUCCUUUCCAGACCCUUCUAUGGCGCACUUCACUUCCUCCUUCGUCGCUUGGGUCGCGCACGCUCCCUCCCCCGCGCCCUCCCUCCCCCAUGGUUGACUUGUGGCAAGUCUAGGGCAGACAGUGUGAUUAAACUGGACUUGAGAUCAUGCAAACCGAUAAAUGCAAUAGUUGAAUACAAUAUUGGCCAUGUUUAUAUAACUCCUGGAUGUUGCAAACUUAACUCUGUAGAGAACUCUCCUGAAGCCAAGGAAACGGAUGACUCAUUCAUGUCAAGUCAGUCGGCAACACCAGACCACAGUAUGGACAGUCUAAGAGUGAUUUCACCAGCUGUUGAUGCUGAUCUUGUAAGAAUGGGAUCGCAACUGGACUCGUGGUGUUUGGAUAUGAAAAGAAAUAUUCUUGUUAGUCCUUAUUUGAUAAUUUAAUAAACAUACUAAUUGCUAUAUAAUUUAUUAUAUUUUUACUCCAUAUUGACUUUAUUUUAUUAACUUAUUUUAUAAGUUAGCAGCCAUUAUAAAUAAUACAGUAUAUAUAUAUUGUGUACUGUCUAUCAGCAGAGGCAUUACAAAUGGGGGUGAAGGGUAAGGUAAUGGUGCAUGUAAAUUGAACCUGCACACUCAUUUUGCUUCAAUUUCUUAACAAUUUUGAUAAAUCAGCAUUGAGCACACCUCAACCAUGUCAAACCACAUGAUUUUGUCAGCAAAAGUAAGGCCUGCACCCCCCACCCACCCCAAUUGUGACAUACUUGCUCUGCCCCUGUCUAUCAGUAUCACUAGGGAUCAUCAGUUAGUCUUUGAGAAUACAGUAACAGGUGGGAGUACACCACUGUGUAUUUUCAUAGGGUGCAGGGGGUGUGCACUCCCCCAAAAACCCAAACUAUUUUGCACCCCUCAGUUAAGGGUAAUACCCUUUUUAUCAGUAAAAAGGGUGUCACCCACCGCUCCCCCCUCCACUUGAGGACCACCACUACCUGGCAACCUCACUCUCUUGAAUCAAAGUGUAAAGCUAUUUGCUGACAAGGCUUCUGGGCUAAGGAAGGAUUUCUGAAGGAAUAUAAAUCACACAUGCUGUAUUUAUGAUUUAUAAUUUUUAAGGCUGAGUUUGCUCAAUGUAAGAUGGCACUUCUGGAACGUCAAAAGCAAGCAUUCAGAACAGAGAAACAGAGGUACAUUUUCCAUUGUAUUUUUUUCUCUUAUCUCUUGCUUGCAAAUGUUAUGGUAAAUGAUUCCCCAAGGUCUCCUUGUAACUUAUUCCAAUUUGCCUCUGGAUAAGUUAGAAGGAAUCCUCAGUGAAAAUUUUUUUUUCAGUACGGACUUCCCAGCUAGUAAAUAACAUAUUACAUAUAUGUAUAUAUGCAUGGUUCAUGUACAAACUACAAAAUAAUAAAAUAUGGGAUAUCUUGUUGGUAGGGCUUGAACAGUUGCAUGGUAGGGCUUGAACAGUCUUACUGAAAAUAUGAAUUCAUAUUUGAGCGCCAUUCCCUGUCUUUCCAAUGCAGGCAUGCAGCCGAGAUGAACAAAAAACAAAAUGACAUUGAAAGUCUGAAGGAGUUGUUGUACACUUACGAGAAAACAAUGGAACACAAGGAUAAUAUUAUCACUAACAUGACUAAAGCCAUUCAAAAACAGGUGAUGUUGUUUGCAAGGUGCAAAUUAAAAUUUGCGUACUUACGUACUGAAGGGACGUCCAUAAUAUGGUCAGGUACCUCUUAGUUUUCAACCAAGCAGGACUCAAAAUAACGGGAGAUAGGUCUCCGGUUAAAAUGACCGGUCAACUUGAUUUUAGCUCAGUCAAAAUCUGUUUUUGAUCGGUCAUUGAUAUGCUUACACUAACAGUGAAACAAAGUAUUAGAAACUUGUUUCGAUACAUCAUAAUUUCAUGUUUUAAUUCAAGACAUCAGCUAUCACAUUGGAAGGCAUGAAAAUGUGGCCGGUCAAAAUGACCGGUGAGGUAAAAAAGUGACCGGUCAAGAGGCAUUUUUGGCCCGUCAUUGUCCGUUGACGGGCCGUUAUUUUGAGCCUUGACCAAGUACGUACCACGUAGGUAUGCAGGCUACUGGAUGGAUACCAUGAUUUAGAAAGCUGUGACUACAUGAUCAUCCAUAGUUUGCCCAGAUGGGUCUCUCUGCGUAUUAGCCAUCAUUUAAAUGUUCUCUAUAAAUAUUAUAGAAGGAGAGAUUUGAUUUGCUACGAAGAUUCAACACUUGGAAAAUUAAACAUGUGGAUGAGAAAAAAGAGGUUGGGGAAAACUUGAACGCAGAAUUUAAGAGUUGAAUAAGAAAACGUUGGACUCGGGCUUAUAAAAAUAUUUGAUUCCAUUCAAUAAAGGGAUUUGGUACUAAUCUUGCGAGGAAACAUCAUAACCAUGUACUCAAGUGUAAAAUCUGGAGUUCUUGGCGUUCUCUCGUUGAAACAAGAUGGAAACAAAAAGUUGAGAAAGCUUGUCAGGUAUAACAUUAUACCUGAUUUGGUCAUAAUGUAAAAUCUGUCAAAGAAGUGGAAGAACAAUGCUCUUUAAUUAUUUUUACUGAAAACUAAGACAAUGAAAGUGUAUGAAUUGUGUUUUAGUCAAAAGCGCAAGAUGUCUGUGUCAAAUUGACAGAUGAAUACGAGGCCAAGCUUCUGGAGGUAACACACUUUUCCUGAUCUCCCCUAGGUUUUCUUCGGGUACUUCCGUUUCCCCCUCUGGUAACACUGGACCUAGAAGGGGUGGUAGUUACUGGACCUCUAGGAAAAACAGUUUAGAACUAAUAGAGGUAUCCAGUAUAUAUAUUGUUAGUUCAAUUUUGAUUUUUCAGAUAAGUUCCUGCAGUAACACUUAAGGGGUUGUUGCCCUUGCUGGAAUUCUAGGGAGAACAGUUUAGAAAUUGACAGAACUAUCCUGUAACUAAUAAAGUUAGUUAUAUCAAUAGUAAAGUAAGAAAGUUCGAGUUUCUCAUUUCUGUCGUGCCAGGCCAACAAAGCUCUGGACGCUGCGAGACUUGAAGUGACAAAGUUGCACGCUGAGCGAGAAAUCUACGAAGAAACUAUGAAGAAAGCGUUUAUGCGAGGAGUCUGUGCUCUUAAUCUCGAGGCGAUGCAUAUGUUUCGAGAGCCUGGGGACGAGGAUGGACCUGGCGAGUCACGUGACCCUAGGGGGGAUGCAGGUGGAUCGAGUGAUUCAGGUAGGAUCGCCGAGACAUAAAUGAAAUUUCCCAUGAACACUAAAAGCACACACAAUUUGGCGAAUAGAUGAUUCCGGUUGCAGACUGAAUUUUGAUCUAGGCAAGAAGAACAAAAUCCAUCACCACAGCUAGAAAGAGCAUGUUCAAAUUAGUAAAAUUGCGGCCCAAAUGUGGUACAUUUUCCCGUGCGUAAUACAAAUUAAUACACAAUCCGCGAGGCUGUAUUUUCCGCAUUUUACAAUAUUUCGCUGCCAAACUUUGCAAUUUUUCUAAUUUUAUCUUGCUCUUUCUAGCUGUGGUGAGGGAUUUUGUUCUUCUUGCCGAGAUCAAAAUUUAGUCUAGAGCUGGAGUCAUCUAGUGACUGAAUAUAUACGAACGUUCAAAAGUCUUACUAAAGCCGUUUUAUGUCGACAAUGCAAUGACUAGUUUUUGUUUUGAAUAGAAACCUGACUUUGCCAAUCUUCUCUUAUGUUGAUUUAAAAAUGUUUCAAUGUAUUUCUAGGAAAUGAAAUGAACCCGCGUUCUCAACCCCCCAGGCCAACCACGUCAGCAGGCAUCUUUCCCAACACCCGUGUUCCACACACGACGGGCAAAACCUUGAGUCUGCCUACUGCUACGGCUGGGCAGCCUGCUCGGACCAUUAAUGUGAAGGCGGUGGGCCGUGCUGAUUUCCGAUCUGGCGGGAAAACAACGACAGCAGGUAAAUAUUGCAACACUGAAGCCUAAACUGACAGAUUAUGAGUGACGCAGAUGAAAGGUACCAUGCAGACAAUGAGAUCUAUAUAUCUGGAGCGACAACUUCAGUCAUUCGGCCUAUGAGAGAAAUGAAAUUGAUCAACGUCCGAUAGCUAUGAAGGUCGUAAAACGUAAACAGUUUUAAUGUUAUGUUUGUGAUGUUACUCUGAGUGUAUAUCCACACCGGGCGAGCUUGAAAAAUAUGCCCGGCCACGGUGGGAAUCGAACCUACAACCUUUGGAAUACUAGCCCAAUGCUCUGCCAACUGAGCUAUGCGGUCAGGUUGGUUCGAGUAUGUGAUAUUUCGGAACAGAAUCUAGUUCCUUCGAUACCAAUGUAAUCUAGUAAUAUAGUUGGCAGAGCAUUGGGCUGGUAUUCCAAAGGUCGUAGCCGUACGUUCGAUUCCCACCGUGGCCAGGCAUAUUUUUCAAGCUCGCCCGGUGUGGAUAUACACUCAGAGUAACAUCACAAACAUCAUAUUCACCUGAGUACACAACAUCAACACGGCAAAAAUCAGUUUUAAUAUUCUUUAAAUCGAUGUCAAAAUACGAAAUUGCGGCACACUCCUUGCCAGCUUAGCAUUAACCGCGCAGUCAAAAACUAUAGAAAGGGACUGGAACUGACGUCCACUAGCUCUUCAAUUCCCGCCAUCUUCGCUUCGCUUUUUCAACUCGAGUUCUCACUCCAGAUAUACAUAGAGCUCAUCGUUCCACCAACACAUUUUGCUUCUCUAGGUCCAGGCCCACCAGGUGCGAGCACGGUCAGUUCAGUUCUGGUUCAAAGACAUUCUGGUGCUGAUGCCGUACAGUCCAAACCUAUCCAUAACACCCAACCAUCACAGAAUGCUGGCAAGACAACGAGAGCCAAGGCUGGACCGUCAACAGUAAGAAUUAACCAUGCUCCCCCUGUCAAAGUUGUACAUUAACUUAAAGAAAAAUGACCGGACGUUACAUAUAUCUAAGGCUUAAAGGCCCAUACCCUGAUUCCAGAGGUUCUUGUUGCGGAAGAUAUGAGAACCUCUGGGAACCGGGGUAAAAGGCCCAUUUCCACUGAGGAAAAUUUUGUAAAAUGUGAUUGGCCAACACACAUUUCACGUCAGUUAAGUUGAAAAUUUUCAUCUUUUAUUU